GAGAGAAAUCCCAGUUGCAGGACAAAUUCCACACCAUGGCUGCCGAGAAGGAUAAACUGCAGAAGAGACUUUGUAACCUGAGAAUGGAGAUUACAAAGUAUGCAGUGGAUGUGACUCUGGAUCCUGAUACAGCUCACAACCACCUCAUCCUGUCUGCUGAUGGGAAACAAGUGAGGACUGGUGACUCAUCACAGAAUCGUCCUGACAAUCCCAAGCGCUUUGAUCCUGUUGUUAAUGUUCUUGGAAAGCAGGGGUUCACCUCUGGUAGAUUUUACUAUGAGGUUGAGGUCAGUGGGAAGACUGCAUGGGAUUUAGGAGUAGCCAGAGAGUCCAUUAACAGGAAGGGACAAAUUACCGUGAGUCCUGACAAUGGAUACUGGACAAUAUGGCUGAGAAAUGGCAAUGAGUAUAUGGCACAUACUAGUCCUUCUGUUCUCCUCUCCCUCAAAGAGAAGCCAGAGAGGGUGGGGGUGUUUGUGGAUUAUGGGGCAGGUUUGGUCUCCUUUUAUGAUGCAGACAGAUGGAAUCUAAUCUACUCUUUCCGGGGUGUCUCCUUCAAGGAGAAAACCUAUCCAUAUUUUAGUCCAUCUCUUAAUGAUGGCGGCAAUAACUCGUCUCCUCUGAUUAUCGUCACUCCAAUUUCGUGCCCCAAAUCCCAGUUGCAGGACAAAUUCCACACCAUGGCUGCCGAGAGGGAUAAACUACAGAAGAGAAUGGAGAUUACAAAGUAUGCAGUGGAUGUGACUCUGGAUCCUGAUACAGCUCACAACCACCUCAUCCUGUCUGCUGAUGGGAAACAAGUGAGGACUGGUGACUCAUCACAGAAUCGUCCUGACAAUCCCAAGCGCUUUGAUUCUACUGUUUGUGUUCUUGGAGAGCAGGGGUUCACCUCUGGUAGAUUUUACUAUGAGGUUGAGGUCAGUGGGAAGACUGCAUGGGAUUUAGGAGUAGCCAGAGAGUCCAUUAACAGGAAGGGACAAAUUACCGUGAGUCCUGACAAUGGAUACUGGACAAUAUGGCUGAGAAAUGGGGAUGAGUAUAAGGCACAUACUAGUCCUUCUGUUCUCCUCUCCCUUAAAGAGAAGCCAGAGAGGGUGGGGGUGUUUGUGGAUUAUGAGGCAGGUUUGGUCUCCUUUUAUGAUGCAGACAGAUGGAAUCUAAUCUACUCUUUCCGGGGUGUCUCCUUCAAGGAGAAAACCUAUCCAUAUUUUAGUCCAUCUCUUAAUGAUGGCGGCAAUAACUCGUCUCCUCUGAUUAUCGUCACUCCAAUUUCGUGCCCCAAAUCCCAGUUGCAGGACAAAUUCCACACCAUGGCUGCCGAGAGGGAUAAACUGCAGAAGAGAAUGGAGAUUACACAGUAUGCAGUGGAUGUGACUCUGGAUCCUGAUACAGCUGAAAACAACCUCAUCCUGUCUGCUGAUGGGAAACAAGUGAGGCAUGUCGACACACCACAGAAUCUCCCUGACAACCCCAAGCGCUUUGAUCCUGUUGUUAAUGUUCUUGGAAAGCAGGGGUUCACCUCUGGUAGAUUUUACUAUGAGGUUGAGGUCAGUGGGAAGACUGCAUGGGAUUUAGGAGUAGCCAGAGAGUCCAUUAACAGGAAGGGACGCAUUACCCUGUCACCUGAGAAUGGACACUGGACAAUAUGGCUUAGAAAUGGGGAUGAGUAUGAGGCACAUGCUGGUCCUUCUAUUCUCCUCUCCCUCAAAGAGAAGCCAGAGAGGGUGGGGGUGUUUGUGGAUUAUGAGGCAGGUUUGGUCUCUUUUUAUGAUGCAGACAGAUGGAAUCUAAUCUACUCUUUCCGCGGUGUCUCCUUCAAGGAGAAAAUCUUUCCAUUUUUUACUCCAUGUCCUAAUUAUGGUGGCAAGAACUCAUCUCCUCUGAUUAUCAUCACUCCAAUUACGUCCCCAAAAUGACUUUUAUUAAUUCUAACUUGCUGGUAUU